GGUGCCCUAUUGAUAUCCUAAGAACUUGAAAAACGGAAAAGACCUGCUUUUAGGGGAUGAUGCUAAGGGACACUAUGAAAUCUUGGAAUGACAGCCAAUCAGACCUCUGCAGCAGUGACCAGGAAGAGGAGGAAGAGAUGGUCUUUGGUGAAAAUGAAGAUGACUUGGAAGAGAUGAUGGAUCUAAGUGACCUGCCUACCUCACUUUUUGCUUGCAGUGUCCACGAAGCCGUGUUUGAAGUCCAGGAGCAGAAGGAGAGAUUUGAAGCACUUUUCACCCUCUACGAUGACCAGGUGACCUUUCAGUUAUUUAAAAGCUUUCGAAGAGUCAGAAUAAAUUUCAGCAAACCCGAAGCAGCAGCAAGAGCUCGGAUCGAACUCCAUGAAACGGACUUCAACGGGAAGAAGCUGAAGCUGUAUUUCGCACAGGGGAGAAGUACGAACUGCACGCGGGAACCGAGUCCACACCGAGCGUGGUGGUGCACGUCUGUGAGAGCGAAACUGAGGAGGAGGAACCAAAGCUCCCUAAGCAGAGAAUCACCCAGACCCGGCGCCCGGAGCCCCCCAGCGCAGCGCGGAAGGAGCCCCAGGCCUUCGACUGUGCGCUGUGAGGCCGCCGGGCCUCCGCCGCAGCUCUGGCCGUCGCCUCCAGGGGGCGCUGUGGCCCCAGGGCGGGAGGCUGCGAGGGACCCGGGGCCGUCCGUGUCCUUGGCUGCGGGUGGGAUGGAGGCGCAGCGGUUUCACCUGUUUGAAAUGUUGGGUGACACUCUAAAUGGCAGGUUAAAGGAUUAGCCCCCAAGAUGUGACGCUGAUGACCGUUUUAAACAGUGACAACUAGGAACAUGGCUUCCCCACCCCAGCAAGGUUAGCGCCCCUGAUCCCACAAGGCUUGGGUACCACACAUGGAGCCCUAGCACCCUGUUUGCAGUCCCAUUUUUAUAAAUUUAAAAAUAGUCUUACAGUGUUAAUCCUCUGGCUGGGUGUUUUUGUUUUGGUAUAAUGGCUUCUGAUACAUUGAUCAAGGGUAAUUGUUAUUUGGUAUACAUGACUUUUUUUUGCACGAAAAGAAACCUGAAAUACAGAAUAAUUCAUAAUUAUUGAUAAUGAAUCAUUUUUCUCUUUUUCCAAGUUUUAUUUUCUUUUUUCUUGGUUAGCCAUCGGGAAAGAAAUGCCAAAUCCACUAUGAUGAUCAGAACCAAGUGGCGCCAGCCAGUGUGUGCGCUGUUCUUGCCCUUGGCAGGCUCUUAGUAGAAGCUGGGGGAGUGCUGCAUGCAGGUGGCUCUUCCUGGUAUGACCCCUCACCCCCAGAUGGGCUUCUGGGGAAGAACUAGUACAUGGGAAGAGGGACACAUCACCAGGAAGCUUGACUGGCUGUUGUUGGGGUGGCUGCUUGGUCCUGCCAUUGGGGACCCCAGUUCUAGCCUCUGAACGGCCAGGCCUGUGUGCUCCACAGUCUGUUACCUUCCCAGCACUGUCAGCCACUAGCUGUUGAGUUUUUCUGUGCUAUGCAUAUAUUGGUGUAUGCCAUUAAUAGUCUUGAAAUUAGAAAAGGUAACCGUGAGAUUUUUUUCAGAAGACUCUUUUAAAUUUUUCCAUUGGGAUAUUUCCAGCUUGCUGGGAAGAAAAGUCAGACAUACUAUUUUUCUAUGAAUCAGCAGGUGAGGGGAGAGGUCAUACUUUUGUUUUCAAUGAAAUUUCUUAUGUUGGCUUACAGUUGUCGUUUCUCCCUAAAACAGGAUAGUUUCUCACUUAUGUUUCAGAAUGUGUAUUUGAACCUCCCAAGGUAGAAGUAGUAUCUAUUUAAUGCUCUGUGUUCUAUUCAGAAUGUGCGGCUCCUCUUAACAGAAAAGGCCUGUAACUGAGCGUGCUCUGCUGUUGGCCAGGUGGCCGCUGGCUCUGUGCUCUUUUCUUCGGGGGGCAGAUGUCCAGAGCUCCCCGGACAGAUAUGAGGGAAUUGCACCGGAGUUAGAACUGAUAAACCACAGUGGCUCCACUGCAAAGACAGAAAAACACAGAAAUUCAAACCAUGAUAUCUGUGUAUUGUUGGUAACGUGUUGUUGUACUUUAGUCUUAUUAUAGUGAAUUUAUCUCUGACAAACUAUCACACAGACAACCCACAAAUUGGAGAAAAUAAAAGUUUUCUGUUUUGUUUGUGCCCCUCACGUGCUGAAAUGAUGAACUCUCCUAUUUGUAUAUAUUUGCCAUCGCUAAGCCUCGAUGUAAAUUCAGGUGAAAUUUACAAUUCCAGAGACAAGUAAUUUAUUGAAUUCAGAUCAUCAUUUGUCAGUUCCGCUGAUAGCCACUCAAUAAAUUUAUUUUGCUAUUUAUUUAUUUAUAUAUUUAUUUAUCUGCAGUGGAGCCUCCCUGUGUUGCCCUGGUAGGUCUCAAGCUCCUGGGCUCAGUUGAUGUUCCGGGACUCUGGCACAUGCCGUCACCCCGCUCCGCUCCACAGCUCUAAGCUCAGGACUCUGCUUCUUUCUGAUUGAGGAUGGACCCAACUUACCUGUCAGGAAAUGUAGAUAUUUUCAACAGUUGAGAAAUUUUAAAAUUUCCUGUUGGGUAAUAUUUAUUCACUCUAAUUUUUGAAAUGAUUAAAACCCCAUAAUGUUUUGUUAUUUGGCUCGGAUUUCAUUCUCUACCUGCCAAUCAAAGAGCAUGUAAGAUUUUUGUCGUUGUUGUUAAGUCAAACAGUACAACUAAUCAAUUUAUUCUAUUCUCUUUCUCUCUCUUUUUUUUUUUGAGAGAAAGUACUGAAUAAAUUGAAGAAAACUUUAAACCAAAAGUACGUGCUUUGUACUUUCUAUAUGUGUUAUUUAUAGACCAUGGAUUUAUUUUCAAAAGGCAGAUCUCAGACAUAAUUAAGCCAUGGAAAAAUGCAACAGUUUGUGGUGGGCCAGGUCCUUCGUCCAGAGUCAAGGACCUCAGACCUGUUGGAGAGGUGACCGCUGCCAUCUGCCCUCUUCCUUUCCAUGUGCUCCUUUUUUUUUUUUUUUUUUGCACAUUUACAUUUUCAUCUUUCUGCAUUCAAGGCAACAAACAACUUAAAAUUAUUGUGACUGUGUAAAGGAACAGAUGAGCGGGGGGAGUAGUAGCUUCUAACUGGGGAAGUUCAUAUAAUAGAAACUCAUUUGUUUAAAAGAAUAAACUGAAAGGACCGGCUGUGUGACCCUGGCCAACCAUCUGAUAAAUACCCACUUGCUUCACAGCUCCCCUUACAGGGGAUCAGCCCCAACAUCAUCAUCAGACUGACACUGUUUUCCUUCAUCAUAAAUGUGGGGGCCGGGUGUUCCCAACUUGAAGGUGUCAUGAUUCCCAAAUGCGCCAGCCACUCGGCAGCUGAAGCAAGAAUAACUGCCGCGUUCACUGGCCAAGAACAUGGUGAACGUCAUCCAGCCCAGGUUAACCAUCCGGGGGCUAAGUCCAAGCACCUCUACCCACUAAAAUAAAAGUUCACAGACUUUUCACUAAAUCAGAUGCAGGGUCUGCCCUGAAAGCUCCCAUUUCUUUGGAAAUAGUCACAUUCAUCCAACUCUUGCAACUUGGCAGGGCCUUGACUGAAGGUUUGUUCUUGGGGUACAGAAGGUUCAUGGUGAUCUAUGCAGAUAACAUGUGCUUUUCCACUUCAUCUCCUGUUUAGUCCCCAAUCAUCCAAAUUCAGAUCGGGAUAGGGAGACAGGGCUGAUGCCGGUGCCAUUGUUGGGCCCUGUGCUCCCCAUGCUCCUCAACCCGGAGUGAGUGUGAAUAUCUGUCCGCACCGUCAUGCACACCGACCCAAGAGAACUUUCCCCACCAUCUCACUUUCCUCUUAAUCGAGCCCAGGAGUUGGAUUUACUGUUGUAUCUGAACACAUUUGUGACGUCGUGUUCCGUUCUGGGGUACCUUACCUUUCUGGUACUGUGAGCUGUACUUCCAAAAACUGUAAUCUGUGUACAUGUGUCCCACCUGUCCGUGUGCUUGGAGAGACAGCAGGGUUCCUACUUGCUUAUCCAUUGUCAGCUUUAACUCUCCUGUGGUUUGAGGACCUCUGAACUUUCCUUGUCCUGUUGAGGGGACACAAAAGCAGAAUGUAAUUUUUUGGGGGGAAGCUUCAUGAUGACUCGUGACAAGUUUUGUUUUUAAAAGUAAUAAAAAUAAAGUCGCUUUUAUUUAAUCAGC